UAAAAGCACACCAUAAGGAAUCAAAAAGAAUCCAAUUUAAUAGUAUCCAUCCAACAACCGCAUAAGCUUACAACUUACAAACUCCUUAUAUAUAAUCCCUUCCUCACUUCCAAAUCCAAUUAUUGUUGUAAGAAAAAAACCACCACUCUCUCUCAUCACUUUCUCUCUCUCUAAACUCUAACAGAAAAUGAACACUUUCGAUACAGAGAUAGCAACAACCGCAACAGAAAAACUACAAUUAGAUCAAGAAGAUGAAGAUGAAAUAUCCCCCAUUGAACAAGUUCGUUUAACCGUAACAAACACCGAUGACCCGACUCAACCCGUAUGGACUUUCCGUAUGUGGUUCUUAGGUCUCAUUUCAUGUUCACUCUUAUCAUUUCUCAACCAAUUCUUCGCUUACCGAACUGAACCGCUUAUCAUUACUCUUAUCUCCGUUCAAGUAGCUACACUACCUAUCGGUCAUUUCAUGGCGGCAGUUUUACCGUCGAGGAAGUUUCGGGUCGGGUCGAAGACUAUGUCGUUGAAUCCAGGUCCGUUUAAUAUGAAGGAACAUGUUUUGAUUACUAUUUUUGCUAAUGCUGGAAGUGCUUUCGGAUCCGGGUCACCUUAUGCGGUUGGAAUUGUGAAUAUUAUUAAAGCGUUUUAUGGACGGAGUAUUUCGUUUCAUGCUGCUUGGAUUCUCAUUAUUACUACUCAGGUUCUGGGAUACGGAUGGGCUGGGUUACUGAGGAAAUACGUAGUGGAGCCGGCCCAUAUGUGGUGGCCCAGCACCCUUGUUCAGGUUUCACUUUUCCGAGCUUUGCAUGAGAAAGAUGACGACCACCGAAUUUCGCGGGCAAAGUUUUUCUUUAUUGCACUAGUAUGCAGUUUUUCAUGGUAUGUGAUCCCAGGAUACUUGUUCACAACACUGUCAAGCAUAUCAUGGGUCUGUUGGGUAUUCUCCAAGUCAGUCACAGCUCAGCAGUUGGGCUCAGGAAUGAAAGGCCUUGGAAUUGGUGCCCUUACACUUGAUUGGUCUGUCGUGGCAUCAUUCUUGUUCAGUCCUCUUAUAUCACCAUUCUUUGCCAUUGCCAAUGUUUUUGUGGGCUUUACAAUAAUAAUCUAUGGAGUGAUUCCCAUUGCAUAUUGGGGCCUAAAUGUUUACAAUGCUAAAACGUUUCCAAUUUUCUCCUCUCAUUUGUUCACUGCUCAAGGUAAAACAUACAACAUAUCUGCUAUUGUUAAUGACAAGUUUGAGCUAGAUGUUGCAAAGUAUGAAGAGCAAGGUAAAAUUCAUCUAAGUGUGUUUUUCGCUCUCACUUAUGGCUUUGGAUUUGCCACCAUAGCUUCCACCCUUUCGCAUGUUGCUUGCUUCUAUGGAAGGGAGAUUAUGGAGCGGUAUCGUGCUUCUUCUAAGGGUAAAGAAGAUAUCCACACAAGAUUGAUGAAAAGAUACAAAGACAUACCUUCUUGGUGGUUUUACGCGUUGCUGGUUGUGACACUUGCUGUUUCUCUAGCACUAUGCAUCUUUCUCAAUGACCAAAUUCAGAUGCCUUGGUGGGGACUUCUCUUCGCCGGAGCUUUAGCUUUUGUUUUCACUCUUCCUAUUAGCAUCAUAACUGCCACCACAAAUCAGACACCAGGAUUGAAUAUCAUCACCGAGUAUGUCUUCGGUUUGAUUUACCCUGGAAGACCAAUAGCAAAUGUAUGCUUCAAAACCUAUGGUUACAUUAGCAUGGCACAAGCGGUCUCGUUCCUGAGCGAUUUCAAGCUUGGACACUACAUGAAAAUCCCCCCAAGAUCAAUGUUCUUGGUUCAGUUCAUAGGCACAAUGCUUGCUGGAACCAUCAACAUUGGGGUAGCAUGGUGGUUGCUAAAUUCUAUUGAGAACAUAUGUCACGAUGAUCUCCUGCCGGAAGGCAGCCCUUGGACAUGUCCAGGUGACCGUGUUUUCUUCGAUGCUUCGGUUAUUUGGGGUCUAGUAGGACCAAAAAGGAUCUUUGGUUCUAAAGGAAACUACAGUGCAAUGAAUUGGUUUUUCGUUGGAGGUGCAAUAGGACCAAUACUUGUUUGGCUAUUGCAUAAAGCAUUUCCUAGACAGUCAUGGAUUCCUUUGAUCAACCUUCCAGUUCUCCUUGGAGCUACCGCAAUGAUGCCACCGGCAACAACAUUGAACUACAAUGCUUGGAUUUUUGUUGGGACGGUUUUCAACUUCUUUGUGUUCCGUUACAGAAAGAAUUGGUGGCAGAGAUACAACUAUGUUCUAUCCGCAGCACUUGAUACUGGAGUUGCUUUUAUGACUGUUCUGCUUUACUUUUCACUGAGUUUGGAAAACAGAAGUAUUACUUGGUGGGGAACUGAUGGUGAACAUUGUCCACUAGCAUCUUGCCCAACUGCAAAAGGCAUAAAGUUUGGUGAUUGUCCGGUACAAUAGUGAGUCUAUGCCAUUUUGAUCGUUUCAUUAAUUACAGUUAAUACCACGUAUGUGAAAAAAAUGUAUUAAGUAAUGCACAAUGUGAUGCAUAAAAUCUAUGUUUGCUUGUAUAUAGUUAGUGUUACAUUACAUGGUACCAUUGGGGUCUAGCUCAAAAUGAUUGGUGCGCAAUGUGUGAAAGUAUUGUAAACUCCGGUGUACCAAUUUCAGUUCUUACUCAUUAAAAAGAAGUUAGUGUUGUUAUUGUUAGAUAAUAUGUUAGUGAUUUAAUAAUAUAAUGGGCUUUUGGUUGUAAUUGGGCUUUGGGCAUAAUAAUAAUUUAGUCUAUUUAUGUUUUCUAUAUAUUCAUAAGACAACUCAUUGUAUUCUAAGCUAUUGUAAUGUAAUUCUAUGAAACCCUAGUAGCCUCCAUUGUUCAUU